CAAAACGCAACUGUCACACUUUCUAACGGAAUUUUUAUCGAAUGAAUCGUUUUGUUCGUGCGGGAGUUGUUUAUGGUGCUUGGAAACCGUUGAAAAAAGUGCAUUAUUCGUAAACAGUUUGAUAAUUAUUUUUAUCAGUGAAAAAGUACGCCAAUGUGAAUUCUUUUGCGACCAAAUGGCCAACUUUAGCGGGAAUUCCCGCAUGACCGAUCAAAUUUUGGAGUACUAUCUAAAGUUCGGCCAGAAUCGCGAUUUGGAAAAGUUUCUCCGGUUGCGAGCGAACACGACGAGGUCAUCCAGCGAUGGCAGCAUUCCCACGGCGGCCGGAUUGCAGAAAGAGGUGGACUCCAGUAGUGGUGCGAAGCUUGGCCGGUCGUUGGAAAAUCUGUCAACGCUGGGAAAGGAAAUACACGACAAGGAACAAGGUAGAAAAUCGGCAGAACUGUUGGAUGCCUCCGGGGGGAGUGAACGAUCGAAAUCGAAAUCGGGUCAACAAAGCGACCAAAAUGCAGCGAGCGGGAGUAAACCAGCAGAACAGGAGCAGAAUGUAGUUGUGAAGGAAAGCAGAAGUGAGAAAAAAUCGGGUCGGAAUUUUAACUUCAACCUGGAGUCGGUGAUUGAGAUCAAACUGCCUCCAGCGGCACCGAUGCAGCCGUCUAUUGUCGUUUCACCACCGCAAGGAAUGUUGGGCAAUUUGUCUGCACCAACCCCGAUUAUUCACGAAAUAAGCACCGCAGGAACGCAAACAAUGCCCGAAGCACGGUCCGUCGAACAGCAGACGGAGGAUCCGAUUAGACCAAUUCUGAAACCGAGCGGAACGCUGGUCGUCAAGAGGGCUGAUGAGACGGAUACAACGAGAGAUAUUUCCCCCGUAAGCAGUGUGGCUUCCAAUAAGCAACGACUGGAAUGGGACUCUCUCGGUGACAUUGGAUACAACUCCAGUGAUAAAUUCUACUUCUGUGGGGCGGGCGAUUUGAACGAAACCGAAAAACGCUGUCUGCAGAGGUACUUUGCCAAGAAAGGGCUGAACUUUGAUGAAAAAUUCGUCGUCGUGAAAAACAUCCAGACCCCUAGGAAAGAAACGAAUCAGUUGGAUCAGAGGUCCAAAGAGGAAUUAAGGAAAAAUGCUAAACACAAGUGGCAGGACGUUUAUCAAAAGUAUAAAGAAAAAUACUCGAACCCGUCGGAAAUAUCUUUGAGUUUGAUGAAUCCAGACGCUCAGAGCACUCCCAAGGUCACAUCGCUUCCCAACGUCCCGCCCAAAGCCAUUAAAUCUACUCAAACCAGUCUGGUCAAAAUUCUCACCAAAGCAGUGCAAUCCGAGCAACAGCAGGUGGACACUUCUGACAAGCAAAUUGGAACAGAAACCCUUUCUUCUACAAUCAAUAAAACCGUUUCCGUACACGAAGCAACCUCCGGUUGCGAACAGAUAGAAGAAGCAGACAGUUUUGAAUUCUUUUCCUCACCCCCGAGUGAACGUGCGGACAACGAGGAAGUAGCUCGCAGUAGAGCAAGACUUAUUCCAUCAUCCUCGACGGGAAACAGUUUGAAAAGUUCAUCGGAAAAUUCGUCAUCCCUGAAGCAACAGGCACAAUCCUCGCUGAGUGGUGGCAGUAACAGUAGCAGUCGAAGCCACGAGCCGUACAAUUUUGAAGAUGAGCUACGGCUGGGUAUCACGCUAUACCACACGAUUUGCGAGUCGCGAAGUUUGCCCGCACGGGUGAAGCAAAGUUUGGUCGAUAAAAUAUUCCGCAAAAUGAUGAAGAAUGAUCCGAAGGGCAGAACGAAGGAACAGCUGUUGCAAGAUUGUUUGCAUACGAGGCGGCAACCGGGUGGAGAAGGUGCGGGCAGUGGCACGGGCGGUAGACAAACGGGAUUGAGUGGAGUUGAAACGAUUGGAGACAGUUGUAAAAGUUCCUCUACAGGAAGGACUAGUGGAGGUGCUGAUGCAGUUAUAGUGGAGAUUGUUGACGAUGGCGAUAGCGAGGAGAAAGUGGCUUCCGGCUUUGAAGAUGCUAUCGUUGACAGUCUGCAGCAGCACAGUGACAGAAGCAAUCAAACGCGCAACGUAGGUCGAGCGUCUCACCGUCGACAGUCCAUCACUCCCUCUCAGCAAACAAUCUCAUCCAACACACAUUCUUCCAACCACACCGCUCAGAAGUUAUCCCAACCAAUUCCACCUUCGACUGAAACAUCCAGCGGAUUACUUGCCGGUGAUGAACGAAUUCGCAGGGCAAUGGAUGACUAUCUGAAGCCGAUGACCUAUUCCGAGAUGGACUAUGCCAGACAACAAGAACUGAAGCGAAGCCUACCUUGCAUCAAGGAUCGUAAAAAUCUUGGCCAACGUGACACGGCCAGUGCUCCCUCAACGGGUGACAAAAUCUUCGAACUGUUUCGUAAAGAAAAGCAAUCUCAAUUGCUCAAGAUCGAUAAGAAAAUUGAGCAUUUGAAAACGAUGAAACUGUUGCUACUGGAAGAUCAGAAAACGGUCAGCGAGAUUAAAGCGGAUACACGCUCGACCUAUCCGUUGGAGCUAAAGACUAAACCUCUUCCGAGGCAACCUGUCGGCGAGAAGGCAGAUCUCUAUGAGAAUAUCGAAAAACGAGCUAGGAGUGCAUCCAGUGCUCCGGUUUACACUUCGGUGCAUGAACAUCCACCUAGUGAACAAUCUAACAAUCGAAAUACAGAAUUAUCUUCUGGUUCCCGGUCCGAGUCUGGAUGGAAUUCGCAUUAUCAUAUGAAAAAGAUGAUCCAAAAUCGUUCUAAACUUGAAACACCCACGUCCGAUGAGAGUAUCGCUACUUUCAUCAAAUGCCGCAAAGAUAAGUUCAUCGAAAACUAUGAACGCCAUCGACGGCAGAUGUUCGAAGAUCAGCAUCACAUCUACACCAAGCCAUACAGCGGACGCCAAAGCAAACAGGACAAUUAUUCGCCUCUGGAUGAGAAAUACAGCGUUCAUAACAUUGCCAAACAAAAAUCAAAUCUUCCCAAUAGAGAAAUGUUUAUUUCGUCCGAUUCCAUGUCUAUUCCCGUGGCCAACACUCUAACCAAUACAACCACCCACCAGUACGAUAUCAAAUCGUCUCGAUCGAAUUCUGAAAACCUCAUGCUCCAUGCAAAACCAGCUGCCACGCAAACCACUGGAUCCAUCAUGAAAACCAAACCGAUAUUUGAGUCCAAAUCUAAAAUUCCCACCACGACGCAGACCCAUGAACAUCAAGCGGCCGGUUGCAACUGUGCCUGUAACUGUCCCUGUCGGCAUCGUCUGUUGUCUGAGCCACCUCACCGCCACACGGAGAUUGUCGACGAUACGCAACCCAAACAGCACAAGCAACAGCAAACUAAACCCAGUUCGAUAGCAUACGUCAUUACAUUCCAAGGCGAUGAAAAGGGUUCCAAGGGCCGAUCGCAACCGUCCGAGAAGGAACAAGUUUACCACAGCUCGACUGACACCAGUACCAAUCGAAGUAACGAAGAGGCUGCCACUGACGAUACCGACUUGCUUCCCCUCAAGGAACAGUUCCGGAAAAACCGACCCGGUACUUUGAUGCGAAUGAAGGAACGCCAGAAGUGUGUCAACGAGCUGAACAAGUUGCGAGCGGAGAGGAAUAAACAGCGGAAGAAACUUCUGCUGUUGACGUCGGACGAUUCGUUGAAGAAGUGCAACGCGAAGGAUCGACUGCCGCCCCCACCAUUGGCACAAAGACGAAUAUUCUCUUCGAAAGCAAUUCGAGAGAACACCCGGCGCCAGGUUCGGAAUCUGCCGGAGGUGUUACGUAAAAAGGAAAUCGAAAAGAUCAACAACCUUAAGCGCAAGAAUCUCAUCCUCCGCGACAAGUUCAAUCGGAACUUACAGCGCAAGGUUCUCCACGGAAAAGUAGAUUUGUCAAACAGCGUUCGAGUGAUGCAAGAGUAGCUUGGAUAAUGUGGUAGAAAUAUUUCUACUACUGAAAGUACAAAAGGAAACACGUGUUCACCGAUAAUGUGUCUUGUUGUUUAAGGUAAAUAAGUUAUAUGUUUUGAAGACAUUUUAAUAAAAAAAAAACAAAUAUGCCAAA